AUGCUUCUCCGUCCUCACAACCUCAGGGCCACCACGGUCAACCUCACCACCGCCACUACCGGGCGGCAGAGUCGUCAGACCUGCGGCCUUAUCUACUCCCGUCAGCAACAUGCCCGACCGGCGUUUGCGCCCGUGUCUGCGCCGUUUGCCAAGCGCUCCCUGGUGACACUGAGUGCCGGCACACAGCUGGCCAAGCUCACCCAAGAGGGCUCAGCCGUGUCGAUCGCUGCUAUCCGUAUGCUGAGUACCACUAGCUCCCUUUCAAAGGUGAAACGGGUGCCGUCUCCAUUGCAAUCCGCCCAGAAAAAGAGUCCCAAGGCAUCCCAGUCGCAGAAUCAGCCAUCGUCUUCGUCGCCGUCAUCGCCUUCUGCAUCUGCUUCCAAAUUCACGUCCCCGCAGAAACUACCGAAAGCCCAGCAGCCGCCAGCCACCGAGACCGCACCCCUUCAAGCCCAGGGGCAGCAUGCCACUCCGGAUCCUGACCGUGUCACCAAGGAGUUUCUGGCCAAGCAAGGUAUUCCGUCAGAGCACAUGACCCUCACCGCUCUGCGCGCCUUGGUCCAACCAACCGUCCCGUCAGCGGCUUCUGCCUCUGCUGCUGCUGCUGCUGCUGCUGCUGCUGCUGCUGCUGCUGCCUCUGCCUCUGCCCCUGACUCCUCUCAUGAUAGCCAGCCCCCCGCAGCCGGUGCAGAGGCCGAUCAGACGGGUGCUUCUGAUCUGCUUGGUCUGGAUCUUGACGGCCGGAACGCCCGGGCCUCGGCGGCUGCUCCUGGGCAACCUCAGCCUCUCACCUACUUGAGCUUCAACAAGGAUGCUGCUGACAAGAUCUCAGAUGCGGCCUUUGCAAUCAUUUCGCAUCCUCCUGUUGUCAUCACCCCGCUGCUGCUCAAAGAGUAUGUUGCUCUCCAGGCCUCUCUUGGCAAGCCCAAGACGCUGCCGUACGUUUUGGGCCUAUAUGCGUACAAGGCAGCCCCCAAGCUUAGCUCUGGAAAGCUGGCUUACAAGAAGCGGAAUCCUGACAUGCCGAAGAACGCGGUGGAUCCCGAGGUUGCUGAGAUGGCACUGGACGCAGCACUGGAUGCCAAGGACCUUGAUGCCGCUGUUGGCAUUGUCGAAAAUACGUACGCUACCAAGGCUUUUACCCGCGCCGAGUUGUUGAAAAAGGCACUUGUACCCAUGACCGGCUUGGGACUCACUCCAGUCGCUGCUUGGGCUCUCGCCAAGAACUAUGGUACAUGGCAAGAUUCAAUGGAGACUGUUAUGGCGACCAACGUAGCCUUCUUCGGCAUGCUGGCCUAUGUCGGCUUCACUGCGACCAUGGGCAUUGUGGCCACUACCACGGCAAACGACCAGAUGAAACGGGUGACCUGGGGCCCGGGUAUUCCGCUGCGGGAGCGAUGGAUCCGAGAGGAUGAACGGGCCGCUUAUGACAAAAUUGCCUGCUCAUUCGGAUUUGGGGAAGUGCUUCGUUACGGAGAGGAGGAAGGAGAAGAGUUUGACGUGCUCCGUGAAUAUAUUUUAAGCAAGGGUAUGAUACUUGAUGCCGUCAACCUAAUGCCAGGCAUGCAAUAAACCGCGGCCUAUGGUUGACUUGCGGCAUCUAUCUAAUCGAGAGCCAGAGAACGGCAUUCAUUCCCCACGCCCCCCCCGUGCAGCUCGGAAGAGUCUUGGCACCAUGUACUGGUGGCAGUGAAGACUUAAGAGACUGAGUUGUCGAGAUGACCCCGGCUUUCCUAGCUUGACCUCUUUACCGCUCGGUCACCAAGUACCUUGGUUGCCAAGCUAGCGAUCGGCGGGAAGACUUACAUAUUCACAAGCCAUCAAGGUUGCCAAGGUCGUCUAAGAAGUCCCAACAGAUAAGAGGAUAUUAAAUCAGUCUAGCAUGCGUACCGCCCAAAAUGGACAUCAGACUCGCUCGCCUCCCUUUCCGUGCAGAGGCUCUUCUGCGGCUUCCCGUUGCCUUGAUGUAAGCACGGUAAUACAGCUAGAGUGUUGAAAAGGAAAAAAGAAGCAAUCAUCUGCCGGCUCUUACUCUCUC